AUGGUCUUCAAGAUUUCUGCUGUUGUGAGAGUAGAUUUGAAUCCGACUGAGGCUACAAUCUUCGAGGUUCCUGUUUUGGUGAAGAACGGCGUCUCAAAAGAUGAAUUUGCAUGCUAUUUCCAUAUUAAAGGUCGUUUUGAAGAGGUUGAGGUCGAGGGUGGUGUGAUAGAUUGUCAUACAGGCGGGUUAUCAUUUGGGAGGUAUGACUUAGAUGUAGACAGGUUUGGGUACUUUGAUUUGCUUGAUUUAAUUGAAAAGUUGGGGAUGAAGGACUGGGAAAGACUUACAUAUUUAAAGCCUAAGUCUAAUUCAUAUAUAGUUAUUUACUCUGAUCAAGAGGUAAUGGAAAUGUUGUCAUACUUAAUUGAUGAGAAUAGAGUUGUGCAUGUAUUUGUUGAGGGUGGUGUUAAGGUUAGACCUCCUGUUGAAUUACAUAAUAGCAGGACUGUACCAAUCUCCUCACCUGCUGAAAAUGACACAACUAAUGUAGAUGAAAAUGCUGGAAAUGAACCUUUUGGUCAUUAUGAUUAUUUGGAUAAAAUGAUAGAUGAUUAUGUGGGUAGUGAUGCUGAGUUCAAUGAGGAAUCUAGUGAGGAUUCAAAUUAUAUUCAACCAGAUGUUGAGGAUUCUGACUGUGGCCUCACUGACCUUGACUUUACCUCAGGAGAUGAUGAAUAUGUGGAGAGUAAGAAAAAAAUGAAGGGUAAGGAUGUGUCAUUUAAGUACAUUGAUGAUGAUACAGUAGGGUUUCUAGGGGAUGAGGAGUUGGGUGCUAAUGUGUCUGAUUAUGCAAGUUCUGAGGGUAAUGUAGACUCAUCUGAGAGUGAUGAGGAAGGGCAGGGAAAGAUAGGUUGCAAGGCAAGAUCUAUUGCCAAGGAAUUGGUGAGAGGGUCUGUUGUGGAGCAUUAUGGGAUGUUGGGGAGAUACCUUGCUGAGCUUAGAAGAGUAGACUCUCAGGGUAGGUUUGAGUUGUUACUUGGGGAAGAACACAUGUUCAAAGUGAGAACCACAAAUCAAGCUCAGUACAAGGCUGCAUUAUUGGAAAUGAAGAAAGAAAAUGCUUUAGCAUUUGAAGGAUUUGUCUCAAGGGAUGUCAAUAAAUUCUCUAAGGAAUUUCUUUCAUUCAUAGCCUGCUCGGACAUGAUAGAUAACAAUAUAAACGAAACAUUUAAUGGAUGGAUUCUAAAUGCUAGGGAAAAACAUAUAAUACACAUACUAGAGGAGAUCAGAACUUCACUCAUGAGUAGGCAGGUUCAAAAGCUUGAAAAGGUGAAAGAUUCAAGUGAUUGCAUAUGUCCUGGUAUCAGGAAAAAACUUGAAAAUCUUAGAUUUCAAAGUAGACAUUGCAUAGCUGCUCCAGCUUUAGGUGGUAAGUUUGAGAUCACAUUCCAUGAGGAUAAGUUUGUGGUGUUUGUAGAAGGUAAAGAGUGUGCAUGUAGGGUUUGGCAACUGAUAGGGAUACCUUGUGUACAUGCAAUCUGUGCAAUUCAAUACAUGUCUAAGGAUCCUGUUGAUUAUUUGAGCAAUUACUAUUCCAUGGAGAUGUAUAGAGCCACAUAUGACUAUGCUUUAGAACCUGUGAAUGGCCCUAAGAUGUGGCCAAAGGUUGAGGGUUUUACAGUGAAGCCACUUGCUGUAAGAAAAAUGCCAGGAAGACCAAAGAUCAAAAGGAAAAGGGCAGCUGAGGAGGACCCAAAAAAUCCAGGGCAUUUGAGAAGAUUCGGCCAACUCAUGACAUGUCAGAAUUGUCUACAGAUAGGCCACAACAAGAAGACUUGUAAAAAUGAGAAAGUCCAGAAGCCAACUGAGAAGAGGAAAAGAGGGAGGCCCAGGAAAGAAGGGCAGGGCACUUGA